ACUGUAGUUCUGUCGAAACUGAUCAAGAGAAAGAGGUCAGUUUUCGGACCGCCAAUUGGCAAGCAUUGUCUGGUGUUCAUUGAUGACAUGAACAUGCCUGCCAAAGAAAUCUAUGGAGCUCAGCCACCAUUAGAACUGCUCAGAAUGUACUUUGAUCAUGGAUAUUGGUUCGACCUGAAGGAUAUGAACAAGAUUUUCGUGGAGGACUUGUUCUUUGUGGCGGCCAUGGGCCCGGCGGGGGGGAGUCGCCAGGAGGUGUAUGCCAGGUUUCUGCGUCACUUCUGUCUGCUCUCCAUCAAUCUGUUCCCAGAGCCCAGCAUGACCAAGAUCUACAGCACUCUGUUGGUUGAGGCCAUGCGG